AUGUUGCAGUUAAUAAACCUUCCUGACAUUGUUCUGGAAACAAUCUUAUCCAACCUUACAUACGAUGAAAUUUCUCGAUACAGAAUAGUUUGUAAGCAAUUCGAUCGAAUAUGUAAAAAGUUGUUGAACCGAGGUUUCAAUUUAAUGGAGAAAUAUCACGCGCAAUGUUUACGUGCAGUGAAGAGUCAAUUACCAAGAAGAGAGUCGGAGAGAAGAAGCCACCCACUGGCACGUCAUUGUGAUAUAUUAACAGCAAUUGAAACUAGAAUAUCGAUGCUGUCCAUGACUUUUAUAAAAUACGUCGACCUUAAUCUAUGCUGUUUUAUACCUGGCAAGGUAAUAGACGAGAUCUUUCGAGUCCUCCGUCUGGUCAGAGAUUUGAAAACGCCACCCAGAGCCCAUGAGAUACUUCAAGAGCUGCGAGACAUUAGCAGCAUGGCUAUGGAACAUUUCGAUGAGAAAAUUUUACCAGAUUUAAAGCACAGUAUUUGUACGUCGGUGAUCAGCAACACAGGCUCUUACGAACUGCCUGGUGGGAGUUUAAUGAUCUCCCAUCACGCCACGAAUCCGAGCAACGCGACACUGCCACAUACUUAUAGCUUAGACAAAUUGAACCAGGCUUUUAAGAAAAUUAAUACACGUAUCAAAAGAAACAAGUCGUGCGUUUCCACGGUGAAAGAUCAGUUGAACAAGAUGAAGCUCAGGAUGAAGAGGCAGGGACUCCAGAUGAGAUUACAAACUCUGAAGUUGCAGGAACAAGCGAAGAAGAUGCAUGACCAAGAUACUCAGUUAGCUGAGAUGAGGAAGCAUCUCGAGGAAUGGGAGCAGAAGAUGGUCGAUUUAACGGCAGAGCUGAGCCGCGCUCGGGAAGAAUCACAGAAGCCUGUAGAUUCUAUAGAAACUUGCAAGAGGAAACACAUAGAUAUUAUUAAUCAGAGAGAGGCUGAUUCUUUGCAAACGAAAGAUUUGCAAGCUAAAAAGCGGAAACUGAUAGUAGAGAGAAUAUCGUCUACCGAUGCGAAAGAUGUGAAAUUUAAAAAGUUCAUGACUGAUCUUCUCGCGGGCAACCCUUCGACCUCGCAUUAACUUUUCGUUUUGUACAAAUUGCUUUUAGAAACGACACUACAAGCUCCUAGCAUCGACACGCAUUAACGCUAGGGGCAUGGAGUUGAGAGUUCACAGCCGGUUGUACAUAUUAAAAAUUGUACAUGAAGAACAGAAUUCUUAUUCUAUACGUAUUUUCCAUUUUUUAUGUUACAAUUAAAUCAAUCUACAUGUUUAAACUUCUUACGUAUUUAAAUCGAAUGAAUCAUUUUUAUUACGUGAUAUAAUGAUUACAGUCAAUCACGAAUUUCCGUUAUACAUAUGAUACGUAUAUAUAAAAGACGAAUUGUUAUAAUCGUUUAUCUUCCUUCUGCUGUAUGUUACCAAACGAACAUGCAAUUAAAUGUAUCGGUGGAGAAAUCAUAA